AUGUUUAGAGUAGUAUUGGAAAGGUCCUGUAUAGGACAACUGCGUUGGUUCCACCGGUCGUCCAUUAGAUAUGCUGCUUCGUUAUUCAGGAUGCCGGCAAUGUCGCCUACUAUGACUGAGGGAGGCAUUGUUUCUUGGAAAGUUAAGCCUGGCGACAGUUUCAAUGCAGGCGAUGUUUUGUUGGAAGUUGAAACUGAUAAGGCUACUAUAGAUGUCGAAGCUGCUGACGACGGUAAAAUGUGGGAAAUUUUGGAAAAGGACGGUGCAAAUGGUAUACCAGUUGGUAAACCAAUUGCAUUUCUCGCUGAAGUUGAUGAUGAUUUGAAUAGUUUGGAGAAACCCAAGUUGGAGGAGCAAAAGGAAACAAAAGAGCAACAGAAACCAGAAGAGCAAAAGGAGACAAAAGAGCAACAGAAACCAAAAGAGCAACCGCGUGGGCAAAAGGUGCAAAAUGGUGACUCGGCAGUGACUGUGUCAUCUAAUAUACUUCAAACCCCAAAUCCAAAUCAAAAGUUCUCUCCAUCAGUUGAAUUAUUGUUAAACGAAUAUGAUAUUUCUAAAGAUACCGCAUUGGUUAACAUUAAGGCUUCGGGUCCAAAUGGUAGAAUAUUAAAAGGUGACGUGUUGGCAUAUCUUGGAAAAAUCAACGAAGAUAGUAUAGAAGAUAUUACCAAGUUUUUGAAGUCAAGGCAACAUUUAGAUUUGUCAAAUGUUGUACCUGCCAAACCUUCCACCAAUACAGCCUCCUCUACCACAACCGCCACAACCGCCACAACCGCCGCUGCCACCAAUACAGCCGCUGCCGCCACUACUGGUAAAGAAACUGCAUCAAAGCCAAAACCAACAAAUAUACUCUCAGUCGAAUUAUCUACAAUAGUGGGUGAAAAUCACUCAAAAGACAAAUUCAAACAUGCUUUUGAAAAAUCAAUCCAAUCGGCAAUAAAGUACACUUAUCAACAGAAAUUCCCUCAAUUCGCAAACUCGCCUAGUGAAUCGUCAGUUUACGACAAGUAUGACUUGUUUGAAGAAUUGAUCUCACCAUCAGUUACAAAGAAUAGAUUUGAAGUUUAUGAUAUCAAGUAUAAAUUUUACAGUAAUGACGUUAAGCCCAGAAAAAUUGAAGUUUCUGACUUUGAUGAAAUAUUGGGAACAGGUAAGACGCCAGUGCAAUAUUUACAAACAGAUACAUCAAAUGUUCAAAUCCUGUUUAAAAUUAAGAUUGAUGAAAAAUUACCCGACGCCAGACAAUUUGUUGAGGAGUUUGAAAACUUUUUACUUUCACAAGUUUCAGCUAGUAAAUUAAAAAUCACUAGCUGA